AUGACAAGUGCCAGCAUAGUGGAGGCCAACAUCCUCCACAAAUCCCCCAAAAGAAAGGUCUGUAUUCCGAGAAGCCAUUUUGAUCGAAUUCAUCAUGGUCUCCAGGGAAUUUCUGCAGUGUCACAAAGGACCUAUGCCGAUCAAGUUGAUGCUGAUGUCACAGUUAUUGGCUCUGGUCCUGGAGGGUAUGUUGCUGCUAUCAAAGCAGCUCAGCUUGGAUUUAAGACUGUCUGUGUAGAAAAAAAUGAAACCUUAGGUGGAACCUGUUUGAAUGUUGGAUGUAUUCCAUCCAAGGCCUUGCUGAACAACUCGCAUCUGUAUCACUUGGCCCAUGGAAAAGAUUUCGCUAAUAGAGGAAUCGAAAUUACAGGAAUCCGUUUGAAUCUAGAGAAGAUGAUGGAACAGAAGAGUGGUGCAGUGAAGGCCUUAACAGGUGGAAUUGCUCAUUUAUUUAAACAAAACAAGGUUGUACACGUAUCUGGGUUUGGAAAAAUAACUGGCAAAAACCAAGUCACUGCAACCAAAGAAGAUGGCAGCACACAAGUUAUCAAUACAAAGAACAUACUUAUAGCCACAGGCUCAGAAGUUGCUCCCUUCCCUGGAAUUACUAUUGAUGAAGAUAACAUUGUGUCAUCCACUGGUGCGCUGUCACUGAAAAAAGUUCCCGAAAAGAUGGUUGUCAUUGGUGCAGGAGUCAUUGGUGUGGAACUGGGUUCAGUUUGGCAGCGCCUCGGUGCAGAUGUGACAGCUGUUGAGUUCAUGGGCCAUGUUGGUGGAAUGGGAAUUGACAUGGAGAUCUCUAAAAACUUCCAACGUAUUCUUCAGAAACAGGGACUUAAGUUUAAACUGAACACCAAAGUUACUGGUGCUACCAAGAAACCAGAUGGAAAAAUUGAUGUAGCUGUUGAAGCUGCUGCUGGUGGCAAGGCAGAAGUAAUAACUUGUGAUGUGCUCCUAGUUUGCAUCGGUAGACGUCCUUUUACAAAAAAUCUAGGUCUCGAAGAUAUCGGAAUUGAACUUGAUAAGAGGGGGAGAAUCCCAGUCAAUAACAGAUUCCAAACCAAAAUUCCAAACAUCUAUGCUAUUGGUGAUGUAGUUGCUGGACCUAUGCUGGCCCACAAAGCCGAGGAUGAAGGCAUUCUUUGUGUGGAAGGGAUGGCUGGGGGAGCAGUUCACAUUGACUAUAACUGCGUACCCUCUGUGAUAUACACUCACCCUGAAGUGGCCUGGGUUGGCAAAUCAGAAGAACAGCUGAAAGAAGAGGGUGUAGAAUACAAAAUUGGGAAAUUUCCAUUUGCUGCAAACAGUAGAGCAAAGACAAAUGCUGACACAGAUGGCAUGGUGAAGAUACUUAGUCAAAAAUCGACAGACAGGAUGUUGGGCGCUCACAUUUUAGGCGCAGGUGCUGGUGAAAUGGUUAAUGAAGCUGCUCUUGCUAUGGAAUAUGGAGCAUCAUGUGAAGAUGUAGCCAGAGUUUGCCAUGCCCAUCCAACAGUGUCAGAAGCCUUCAGGGAAGCAAACCUAGCAGCAUCUUUUGGCAAAGCUAUCAACUUCUAAAAUAAAAGAGCAGAUCUUUGUACGUGUAUAGUACAUCUCUAAAAAUGGACUGUGGGCCCUUAUGGAAGGCUGAGUCUGAGGAUUUUGGGACUGAAUUAAAUGAAUGUUUUCAUUUUCAACAUCAAAUAUUUAAGCAAGUAGAGUUUGGAACAAGUGGAAUUAUCCAGUCUCUGUAAAUUAAAUACUUAAAAUUACUUGUUUAUUUACAUGAUGAAUGCUGCAGAAAAACAGCCUGACAGAACUAUUUUCUUCUUCAAAACCAAACAUUUCGCUGCUGCAUGGGGUUAUCAGGUGUGUUGGUCAAAACUCUGAAUAUAAGUGUCCAGCAUACCUGGAAGUAGUGAUAGACUAAACCUGUUGAAUACUGGCACUUAAAAUGCCGCUGGCACUUAAAAUGCCACUGUCACUUCCGCACAAAAAUGUGUUUCCUCCUGAAAGGAUUAACUUUAGUAUUUAACUUACUUCUUACAUACAAGUACCACAAUUUGUUUUGACCUAGUAGUGUUAGGAUAUUGGGAGAAGAGGGGCUCGUAUAGACCCAUUAAAA